AUGCGAGCCUGUCUUGCUCUUAAAUAUGUUCCUAGGGGAUGGAGGGAAGUGAAAGUCACAUUCAUACCCAAACCAGGUAAGAGCGACUACACUGACCCUAAAUCCUACAGGCCCAUUAGCCUCACAUCCUUUCUCCUAAAGACGAUGGAGAGGAUGUGUGAAAGGGAAUUAAGGGGGUCGGCGCUAAUGAACUUACCACUACACGACAAGCAACACGCCUACAGUCUAGGCAAAUCAACAGAAUCGGCCCUUCAUAAGGUAAUUACAAACAUUGAAGAGGCCAUCCAAAACAAAGAAAUAUGUCUAGGUUCCUUCAUAGAUAUAGAAGGUGCUUUUGACCGAACGAACUUCUCCAGCAUAAAAGGUGCACUCGGUAGACACAAAGUUGAACCGGCACUGAUCGACUGGAUAGUUUACAUGCUCAGUACACGAAUAAUAAAGAUUGCUCAACCAAUCCAAAUUAAGAAAGUCUGGCCCGCAGGGUGGGGUUCUCUCACCUCUCCUGUGGAAUAUGGUCAUUAA